AUGGAGCUGCCCGAAAGCCAGUGCAAGAAAGUCAAGCUGAGCAACAGAGUGCCGAGCUGGGGCAUGCAGAGAGCAACCAAUGUUACCUAUCAAGCUCAUCAUGUCAGCAGGAAUAAGAGGGGCCAGGUGGUAGGAACAAGAAGUGGUUUUCGUGGAUGCACAGUCUGGUUAACAGGUCUGUCUGGUGCUGGGAAGACUACAGUGAGCAUGGCACUGGAGGAGUAUUUAGUAUGCCAUGGCAUUCCAUGCUACACAUUGGAUGGUGACAAUAUUCGCCAAGGCCUUAAUAAGAAUCUGGGUUUCACACCAGAAGAUAGAGAAGAAAAUGUCCGUCGUAUUGCUGAAGUUGCUAAACUGUUUGCAGAUGCUGGUUUGGUGUGCAUUACUAGUUUCAUUUCUCCUUAUACUCAGGAUCGUAAUAAUGCCAGACAAAUUCACGAAGGGGCAAGUUUGCCUUUUUUUGAAGUUUUUGUGGAUGCUCCAUUGCACGUCUGCGAACAGAGAGAUGUUAAAGGACUCUAUAAGAAGGCCAGGGCUGGAGAAAUUAAAGGUUUUACUGGGAUUGACUCUGAGUAUGAAAAACCAGAAGCCCCAGAACUUGUGCUGAAAACUGAUGCCUGUGAUGUUAAUGAUUGUAUACAACAAGUUGUGGAACUUCUUCAAGAAAGGGACAUUGUACCCGUGGAUGCCUCUUACGAGGUGAAAGAGCUUUUUGUGCCCGAAAACAAGCUACAGUUGGCCAAAUCUGAUGCUGAGUCUCUGUUAACUUUGGAAAUAAAUAAGGUCGAUAUGCAGUGGGUGCAAGUGCUAGCAGAAGGUUGGGCAACACCCCUGAACGGCUUUAUGAGAGAGAGGGAAUACCUGCAGUGCCUUCACUUUGACUGCCUCCUUGAUGGGGGAGUUAUUAAUCUGUCAGUGCCUAUAGUGCUAACAGCUACUCAAGAAGACAAAGACAGGCUGGAUGGAUGUACAGCAAUCGCACUGGUGUAUGAAGGGCGCCGUGUGGCCAUUCUCCGUAAUCCUGAAUUCUAUGAACACAGGAAAGAAGAGCGUUGUGCUAGGCAGUGGGGAACGACAUGCAAGGAACAUCCCUAUAUCAAGAUGGUUAUGGAGCAAGGGAACUGGCUUGUAGGUGGAGAUCUACAAGUCCUUGAUCGUAUUUAUUGGAAUGAUGGACUUGAUCAAUACCGUCUCACUCCAACUGAGUUAAGGCAGAAAUUCAAGGAUAUGAAUGCUGAUGCCGUCUUUGCAUUCCAGCUACGCAACCCGGUGCAUAAUGGGCAUGCUCUUUUAAUGCAGGAUACUCAUAAGCAGCUUUUGGAACGUGGCUACAGGCGCCCAGUUUUACUCUUGCACCCACUCGGAGGCUGGACAAAGGAGGAUGAUGUUCCUCUCAUGUGGCGCAUGAAGCAGCAUGCUGCAGUACUGGAAGAGGGAGUCUUGAAUCCUGAAACAACAGUGGUGGCUAUAUUCCCUUCCCCCAUGAUGUAUGCUGGACCAACUGAGGUUCAGUGGCACUGCAGAUCACGGAUGGUUGCAGGAGCUAACUUCUACAUUGUAGGGCGAGAUCCAGCAGGGAUGCCACACCCUGACACGGGGAAAGAUCUGUAUGAACCCACUCAUGGUGCCAAAGUGUUGACAAUGGCUCCAGGCCUCCGGGCACUGGAAAUUGUACCCUUCAGAGUUGCAGCUUAUAAUAAGAAAAAGAAGUGCAUGGAUUAUUAUAACUCUGAUCACCAUGACGACUUUGAUUUUAUAUCGGGGACCCGCAUGCGCAAGCUGGCUCGAGAAGGACAAAACCCACCAGAAGGCUUCAUGGCUCCUAAGGCUUGGACUGUGCUAACAGAAUACUACAAAUCCUUGGAGAAGGCUUAG